AUGGAUGAACCUGAAAGUAGUAGGCCUGAAGAGGUCAAUACUGAAAUUGAUGAUCAAUUUGCUCUAGAUGGCAAGGAUGAUGUUGUUGAUGUGAAAGAAGGGUUAGCUUCCCAAACCUAUGAUAGUUUACGAAUGCUUACUAAGGAAGAUGUGUUGCAAAUGAAAUUCAAUUCAGAGGAUGAUGCUUAUACUUUCUACAAUGCAUACGCUAAGGUCAUCGGUUUUAGCGUAAGAAGAAGUAGAAAAAGAAUUAUUGGAGACAACAAAUUUGUAGAGAGUAGGAAAUGGGUUUGUUCAAGGGAAGGUGUAAGAGAAAAGAAAUACUUGCAACGUGUGGAACGGGUAAGAACUCCUAGGGCAGAAACUAGACUUUUUUGUAAUGCCACUUUUCGUGUGCGUUAUGACAAGACAGCUAGGAAAUAUGUUGUGACCCACUUUGUAGGGGAACACAACCAUCCGUUGGCAGCACCACACUGCGUCCCUUUUCUUUGGUCACAUAGUCAGGGGGGUUAUGAGAAGGUGGGCUUCAUUCACAGAGAUUUGCACAAUCAAUUCCAAGCUGAGCGCAAAGUACAACUCGCAGAAGGGGAUGCAGAGGGUGCGUUAGGAUACUUGUCAGCUAAAUUAGAUGCAGAUCCAUUAUUUUUUUUCAAAUACAACAUCGAUAAGGACAACCGGUUGGACAAGAUUUUCUGGGCAGAUUGUAGGUCUCGAAUGGAUUAUGCUGCAUUUGGUGAUAAGCCAUUUGUAAUUCUAGCUGGCAUGAGUAACCAUUUCAUGACAACUAUAUUCGGAUGUGCUUUGUUGCCUGAUGAGACAAUGGAGACAUACACGUGGGUGCUGGAAAUGUUAAUGGAGGCCAUGGAUGGUAAAAGACCCAUCUCCGUUGUAACAGAUGGUGAUAGGGCAAUGCGUCAGGCAAUCAAAAGAGUUAUUCCAAACUGCAGACAUCGUUUAUGUUCUUGGCAUCUGGAGAAAAAUGCCUCAACAAAUGUCCACAUACCAGAAUUUACAACUGAUUUUGCACAGUUGAUGUUAAAGAAAUGUAAAAUUGAUGAGUUUGACAAUGCCUGGGCUGCUAUGGUGAAACAGUACAAGUUGGAGAACAAUAACUGGGUGUCGGAUAUUCAUCUGAAGCGUGAUAAUUGGGCUGAGGCAUAUCUCCGUGGUCACAUGUUUGCUGGAAUGAGGAGCACUCAACGUGUCGAGGGUAUAAAUGCAUAUUUCAAUAUAUUCCUAAACCAAAAGGUUAGGCUGUAUGAAUUUGUAGCGUAG